AUGGCUAACCUUACUCCAGCAGAACAUGAAAUUAUUAAUGGAAACCCUCUUGGUGACUCGCUGAGCAGCGUUCGCGAGGCAUUGCGCGAGGCAGAACGGGCCACGCAGCAGGAAGCAUCUCAAUCGGAUGAUAGCACGCCUGCACCAGGACGACCGCGUCUGUUCAUGGCAGCAAUAGGGAAACUUUUUGUGAUAUUAUCCGGAUCUGAUGUCUCGCUAUUACUUGCAUCAAGAACCGGAAGGGACGCCCUUGCGUCUGAUCUGACUGCGGUUCGCCUGCGCGUGCUGAAAGGUGAUUUCGAGUACAAGCACUUUCGCUCAUUGUCGCAGUUUGUGAUCAGACAGGCACCAGAUCUUGAUGUCUGGGCUGCCGUUAUCGCCCUCGUCCGGUCAAUUUCUCACUCGACUCCGCCACCGAGUUUACCGCCAUCUCUCGAAACCCCGAUCACACAUUCAUCCGCCUCGCAGCAAGGGUCAGAACAGACGCGACGAAAAAUCGAACCUCGUGUGUUUGAAGAGAUUCGCCACUGUACAUACCGUGCGGUCGAUGGAUUCCACGAGAAAUAUUUUACGGGACACAAAUGGAACAGGCGGGCUAAGCGAGUCUGGCAGAGCGUCAAGAGUCACUAUAGCGACAAUGACAAAAGGUGGACACAAUUACCCGACAUGGCCACCGAGGACGAGGUAUGUGGCUGGGUCCUCAAUCUGCAGGAUGAACUACUGGCAACCGAACGAGCCGCAUACUUUAGAAGCAACGGAAGCAAAAAAGUCGGGCCGGAGGCGUCACGGCAACUGGACCUCUUUGUCAAAAUGAGAAGAGACGAGGCAUCAGACGCGAAGCACGACUGGAGACACGUGGUAGUCGUCGGCGAGCUCAAGCAGUCCGACCAGAAAAACAAGAGCCUAUGGCUUCAGCUUGGUAGCGCUGUGCGAAACGUGUUCGCCUACCAGCCUACGCGAUUAUUCGUGCAUGCCUUCACUCUAACUGGGACAGAGAUGGAGACAUGGGUCUUUGAUCGAUCCGGGCCGUACAGCGGGGCUACAUUUGACAUCCACGAGAAGCCCGAAAAGUUCAUUCAGGUCAUUUGUGCAUACUUGAUGAUGAGUGACGAAGAGCUAGGCUUGGAUACCUUUACCCGUGUAAAGGACAACAGGUUAUUUGUGACUAUACCAGUUAAAGCUCGCGGGAAGAAGCGGAAACGUCAACUCGAACUUGAGCCCAAUCCAAUCGCCCAUCAGCGAGCCAUUAUCUGCCGUGGCACGUCUUGCUUCCUCGCCAAGACUACGGGCGCAAUGGAAUUUAACAGGGUCGUAAAAUACUCUUGGACUUCCAACAUGCGACCACCUGAGGCCGAUCUUCUUAAUAAAGCAAACGAACGCGGCGUUAAAGGUCUCGCGAGAGUAGUUGGCUAUCAUGAAGAAGUCACUAGCAUAAGCAAGCUUCGUGAAGGUCUGGUCUUCUCGGCUCCGCAUAAGUUUCGUAAUAUGCCUGGCAGUACCACUACAUCCUUUUCACAAUCACAACCUCCAGUGAGCCACUCGUUCAGCCAGUUUCAUAGCCUUGGUAUUGCCAGUAAUAGAGAUGGCAAGCGGAAGCUAACAGAUUGGUCGAGCCAUUCAUCUAAGAGAUCUCGGUCAAACAGCCAGCUUACAGAGACAGAACAGGCAGAAAACGGGGUCACUUUUCCUGUUCAAGAACCGCAAGGUACUAGCCUUGUCCAGCAAAACCAGGCACCAUACGAUAACCGCAUCUUUCGCGUGCUGGUAAUUUCUCCGGCGGGGCGAUCCAUCAGCCAGUUCAAGUCUGUUGUCGAACUCCUUGAAAGUCUUCGUGACGCUAUCAAGGUUCAUCGCUCACUUUAA